CCCACGUGCGUGCGCUUGUGUAGCUCUGUAAUUUAUAAUAAAUCUCUAAUUUAAUCAUUCUGCGGGUACUUGAUUACGACAGUUUAUAUCUUGGAAAGGUAAACGCACCGCUGAGGGCCAGCCAUGGCGCAGACUUCGCUCGCACGGCAGUUGCAGAAGCUUGCAACGCCGCAGACGUCGCUACUCAAGGAGACCAAAACCCGCGUCUCGUUCCUCUUCGAUCCCCGUGAAGCGGCUGCCCUCGACACUGACACUGCGUAUGCCAUUGGCACUACGGGCCUAGAGGAGCUGUCAACGCUGAAUGAGGCCUUCUCGCACUUCGAGGAGAACCUUUUCUCGGAGAGUGCCAAGUUCCUAGAGCGGGCUGUCAAGAGCCGGGAAGAGAACACCAUCCUUGAUGGCCAGAUUGAGCAGUUCCUGCUUCUCUUGUCACCUCACUUCCUGCUACGGCCAGCACACAAAGCCCUCGAAUGGCUGGUUUACAGGUUCCAUGUGCACGAGUACAACGUGGACGCACUCCUCCGCUGCAUACUACCGUUCCACGAAACGCGCGUCUUUGCUCGCGCCUUGCAGUUGCUUGACCUGUCGAGCAAGACCUCCAAGUGGCACUGGCUUCACUGUCUCCAGAAACCCGGCCUGUCGUUGACCAAGACUGCCCUGGUGACACAGUGUGCGCGAGACCCGGGUGCCCUCAAGUUUGUCUGUGAACUUCUUGUUGCCAUGACAAAGGUACACUCUGAAAACACCGUGGCACUGCGUCCUGCCAUCGGUUUGUAUGCUUCCACCGUUCUGGGCACACUCGAGGCGAUGAAGAAGAUCACGGACCAGACGGUGGCAAUGCUGCUGCCGUACAUCCUGAAGGGCCUGGCAUCUUCGGCCAUUCCCGACCACCGUGCCGCCACGUACCUCGUGGUUGGCCAGCUGGCUCGGCGCACGGUUCUCAGCCGAGAAUUAUCUUACGAGUUGAUCGUCCGAGUCGCCAAGAGUAUGAAGGCGCCCGGCAACUCAGGUGCAAGCCUGUCAGGUGGCCUCCUGUGCCUAUUGGUGCUGAUGACCCUGCAAGACAUUCAGGAAAUGCCCAAAGCUGCAUUUCAAGCCCUGAUGAAGCACAAGAAGUCACUCGUAGCUGCGCUUGAGGAGUUGUCGUCCAGGCAUUCCGUGUCGGCCAUCCUGAAGCCACUUCUGGCACGGCUGAUCAAGUCUGUGGUGGAGUCCCCUCAGAGCGAGAAUGAGGAUGGCAGUAAGACGGCUGCGGCUGUCCUCAAGGCUCUAAUCCAACUGGCCCUGUCGCUCGACAAGUACUCCGACUUUGUUGUGCGUUCGUUCUUCGAUGCCUAUAUCAAGCUACACAAGAGCACAAUGGCCAGCGGCGGCGACGCGGCAUCAAACCCUCCAAACGAAGAAGCAAUUCUCGACAUCAUGAAAAUGCUGCGUCAGAGGUGCCCCGACGAGGUGGACGCCUGUCUGGAGAGCCACCUUUGCGGAGACGACGAGCAGGCGCGUCUGGCAGCACAGCAGCUGACUCGCUCAAAUGCCUUCGGUCGGGAGCACGCCCUGGUGGAGGCCACGGGAAGCGCAUUAUUUCUGGCUCUCAACAGUGCCAGCAAGCACCACCGAGUGGCAGCCGUGCGGGAACUGGUCGCUUCUCUCCAGAAGAAGCAGGAUGUGGAUGAAAAGUUUGCUCGAGACUCGUUGCGCAGCCGCCUGGUAGACACAGAGCCCGAAGUGGUGCAGGCAGUGCUUGCCCUCGGCAAGGACCUCUGCAACUUUGUGGAGCAGAGCUUUGUCCUGAGCACCUUGAGGAGAAUCCUUUUUGAACCUGCGGAAGAGAGCACGAAAUGGUUUGACCUUCGCACUCGAGCAUUGGCGUUCGUAUGCGACGACCUCUGCACUGUUGUCGAUGAGGGGCAGCUGCUUGCAGCACUGCUUCCUUUUCUGAUGCCAACUGAAAAGUCUGAGAUGUCACUCGCCCGGGUGGCAUAUGCAAGCCGUGCCCUCCAGCGGUUUCCAAUGUUCAAGACUGUCAGCACUGACAAGAGGAUGACGGCUGCUUUGGGAGCGGAGGACCUAGACACCAUCACCGAAUUGCUACUGGCUAACAUUGCUGAGACUGUAGGGAAGGUUGAGCAGCCCCUGGCUCUGGUGAAGACGCUGGAAGAACUGUGCUUCCCGAGCACCGGAUAUGCAGCUGCACAGCUUCGAUGCAUCUGUGGCUCCCUCCUGAAUGGCCUGGCAUCCUCGACGAAGAAUGUGGAGGUCCUUCGUGAAGCGCUCCGGUUCUACCAGCGGCUGCUGGCUGAAAAGGCAGCUUGCGGCGAGUACGAGUUUGCGGUGGCUGCGGUUCGAGACGGGCGUGUUCCCUCCACCAUGGUCAUCAGUGGCCUGACUGCAGUCAUCAACGGAGUAAAGCCUGUGGCAGCAUUAAAGGAAAAUCCCAUGUGGGUGCUGAAACAGCAAGACGAGGCCACUCAUGCUGCGUUGGACAUCCUUACUGACAUUUUUGAGAUGGUUGCAGAGAAUUCGAGCAUCAAGAGCAGCUGCCGGUUACAAUUUCGCCAGCUGCUACAAAAAUUCUUCAAGGUUCACUGCCCCAGCCUUGAGCAUCAGGUGCACUUUUUAAGUGGACUCUGGCUGCUACACCUAGAUGCCUACAGCAGCGCUUCCAGCAGCGAUUCCCAGGGGGCACCGGCUACCCACCAGAAAGAGAGGCUUCAGUCUUUGGCCCUUGCAGUUUCGAUUCAGUUACUGUGGGGUGCAGAGGGCAUCAAGUGGAUCCUGGCCGAAAAGAAUCUUGUGUUCCUGUCCAUCAUCCUGUCGCUGCUGUCACCGACGCAAGGAAUUCGAGAUUUGGCUGUCAGCCUGGUGGAGGCAUCGGUGGCCUGUUCCCACAAGGGACGCUCUGGACUCCGUGCCCUUUUUGAGCUGAUCGCUAAUCAUGCUGCUGAUGUAUCUGUGGGCACCAAGAAGCUGCUGAAGCUUGUAGCUUCCUGGAAUGCCACACUGAAGAAGCCCAACACGCUGCUGGCACUGCUGAACCACAAACAAGUUCCUGUCGCGAUGCGGUGCGGCAUACUGACACUGGUUUCACGUAUUGAUUCUAAGGAAGUGCUGGAGGCAGCUGUGAAAACUGAUCGCGACGACGCUGGGCUCGAAGCUCGCGACAUCGCAGCCACGUCGCCGCUGUCUUCGGCCGAGGCGCAACUCCUCAGGGAGUGCUUCGCAAAGUACGGCUUGAGUGCUGUUUCAACGCCUGGCCGACGUCGAAGGAGCUGUGGAAAGUUUGAAAAGGCACUCCGCAGCACAAGAGGUGCGAGGGGCGACGGUGGGCUAACAUGGCGCUCCAAGUGGUGCCAAGGAUUUGGUGAAGAAGUCCCAAGGAAAAACCAGGCGGCCCUGCUUGACACACUCGUUGACCUGGCCUCGACACGCCACCCACUGUUCAGCAUUCGGCAGUGCUCAGGGCAUUACGUAAGCCCGCCAAAGGACCGGAAAGAUCGGAAAGGCCAAGAUAACGGGCUGGCAAACCUUUCGCAAAGACGAGAGCGCUGUUCAUGCUACGAUAGACGACAUCGAAAUGUGGACCCGAAAAGACGUGGAAAGAGCGGAGAAGCACACGAGGGUAGUCCAAUUGUCGAGACACCCCCGUUGUUGACCCCCACCUACUGCACCUGUGGGAGGCGCGGAGGGGACUCGCGAGAUGCUGGCAACGCCACAAGUGGAACCGCAAACUCGAGAUUGGGAUCUCCAAGCUGGUUGAGGAGGCGCAAGAGUACUCGGAACAACUGGAAAGAACUGGCACAACACAUGGAAUAUGCUUCAAGAAACCCUAAGCACCAAGCGUACCUGGGCAUACUCAAGACUCUCCUUGCCAAGAAAGAGACCAAGAGCGCAGCAAAACAGAAAGUACACAUACUCAUACACAACCACCCGGGGGAAGCGGAAGUCAUCAUCAAAAAAGGGAAGGAGAAGUUCCUUGGUACGCAGCGGAAGAAUAAUGUACAUUCGCGCUUUGACGAAUAUCGAGGUAACCCAAACACCGAAAUGGAUCGACCCUUCACGUUGGCAGAGGUAGAGAGGGUCCUCAGCAAACUCACCCGCAACACGGCACCGGGCAACGACAGAAUAAACAAUAAGACACUCCGGAACCUAGAUGGACCAUCUCUAGACGCUCUCUUAAAGUAUGUCAAUGAACUCUGGGAAAGCGGUAAAGUCCCACCGGAAUGGAAACAUGCUGAAGUAAUCAUGAUUCCUAAACCCAACAAGCCCAUCACGGUUAAGAACUUACGACCUAUUUCUCUCACCUCGUGUGCUGGAAAACUCUACGAGCACAUGGUGCACAACCUCCUGAUCGAAUAUCUCGAGGACAGCGGACAUGUCCCAAAAACCAUGUUCCGAUUUAGAGCUCACCUGUCCACGCAAGACGUCUUACUGCAGAUCAAGGAAAAAGUCAUAGACAAAUUGGACACGCACACCCAGAGAGCCAUCCUCGAUGCAGACGUGAAAGGGGCUUUUGACAACAUGUCGCACGAAGCCAUACUACAACACCUGAACGUCUAUAACUGCGGAGAAAAGGUGUAUAACUACAUAAGAGCUUUUCUGAAAGAGAGGACAGCCACAGUGGGAAUAGGCCACUUGCGCUCCGAGAAGUUUGAAAUACCACCGAGGGACCUACAGGAGGACUACAAGUUUUGCCCACCGGACACGCGCAACACCCUGCGCCACAUGGUGCUGCAGUGCACGAACGAUCCGGAUGUACCACCGUCAUCAGCCCCAAGCGAAAACGAAGAGGAAGCUGGCGAUCGUUACACGGCAUCGUCUUACGAGAUUUCUCCCGACAACAUUGCUUCGCAUGACUUUGUCGUUGUUCCCCGGUUACCUCACGAAGAAAUCCUUCUAGGCGACGACUUCUUGCGGGCCUCAACAGCCGUCAUCGACUGGGGCUCGGAGAGCUUUGCUGUGUCUGUUCCUCGAAGGCUACGCAAGUACUUCAGUAAUAGGGAACCAGUGAAGUGCCUAUCAGUAGACGCUAAAGACCUCUUCUACAACAUUCCCCAGGACGAAGUCGUGUCGGCAGCUGAGGAAAAUAUUGACUGCUAUGGAAACAUCAAGUUCCAUGAUGAGUGA